GUAUGCAUAUUCAAAGUCCUUAGGCAAGUACCAGAGGUUCAGAAAUAGACCCUCACUAUCAAUAUAGAAAAGUGGUGUCUAUGAACUCCAACUGUUCAAAUAGACUCCAAAUCUGAAAUCAGGACAAAAUUCUAAGUCAUAAAUAACGCCCUUCGAAUGGUUAAAAACUGGUCUGAUCAAGAUUUUUUUUAAAAAGUCAAUCCACUGGUCAAAAGUAAAAAUCAAAGUCAACCUUCGACCAAAUUGGAAUUGUUAGUAUAAAAUAAUAAUGAGUUUUAAGUUAAUGGAUGAUAACUUAAUAAAAUUUAAAAAAUCUUAAAAAUUAAAUAUAUUCUAGGACAAAAAACAGUUGUCAAGUUUUCAAUUCUUCUUUUAUAUAUUAUUUUUCAAUUUCCAACAACAAAUCUUCUUUUCUUUCAGUUUCCAGUUUUAUCAUUUAUAUAUUCCACAAUUCCAUAAACUUUUAGCACAUUCCAUUUAUAGUUUUGAUCCAGAAUUUCCAUUUUUCUUUUCUUGAGCCCAAACUUGGAUAGCUUGAAAUUAAAUGCUGAAAAUGCAAACUUUUUUGUUGAUCACUCCAACUCUUUAUAAACACAGUAUCUCUGCGUUUCUAAACUCUUCAUCCUCGUCCAAACAGAAAAUGGCGUCUCUGUAUAAUCAAGCACCUUCUGUAUCAGCAAUUUUCUCCCUCUACACAUCAUUCUCUGCAAUAAUGAUGCUUUUCCGCACAAUCUUCAACGACAUUGUGCCUAAGCGAAUCCAAGAUCACAUCACUGGGAAAGUUGUAGACUUCUUCUUCUCCUCUUACCUUCCGUCGAGGUUCACUUUUGUGAUCGAGAAAGAAUGGGACUCGGUUGAGAACAUAACUUUCCGUGCGGCUGAAGUUUACUUGCCAACACUUCUAUCAGGACUCUCCACCGGAAAUAUCGUUGUGGGUUCGAGUAAUCUAAAGAAUCCAGAGGCUCAGCCGAAACUAGGGAUCCCUAUAGAUAUAAAUAUCACCGACGAGUUUGAAGGGAUUCAUCUUGAGUGGACUCUACACUCUGUUGAAACUAAGAAUUCUCCCUACGAGAAACGGUUCUUUCAUCUGACAUGUGAGAAGGAGUUUCGUAAGAAGAUAAUGACAGAAUACUUCACAUACUUGACGAAAUCGGCAGACAACAUACUGCGCGAGAGUCUCAAGAUCUACACUUACGACAGGCAAAAUUCAUGCUGGUUGUCCACCAUUUUCGAGCACCACACGACCUUCGAUACCCUAGCCAUUGAGUCGCACCUCAAGACCAGGAUAAUCGACGAUCUUGAUGCGUACUCUCAAGGAAAAGACUUCUUCAAAAGCGUGGGACGUGCCUGGAAGCGUGGAUAUCUUCUUUACGGUCCACCGGGUACUGGAAAAUCCUCCAUGGUGGCUGCUAUUGCUAACUACAUGAAGUACGAUAUCUAUGAUCUCCAGCUUCAAAGCGUUAGAGACGAUGGUGAGUUGCGGAAGAUUCUCACCUCCAUCCCGAACCGGUCAAUUCUUCUCAUUGAAGACAUUGAUUGUGGAUCUGGUGCUUCUUGUAAAUGCCAGAUCAAGGAAACGAAAGAAGAUUGUGAGCGGGUAUCUUUGUCUGGUCUGUUGAACUUCGUAGACGGGCUUUGGUCGAGCUGCGGAGAAGGAAGAAUUAUAAUUUUCACAACCAACCACAAGGGGGAGCUCAAUCCAGCGUUACUGAGGCCAGGAAGGAUGGACAUUCACAUUCUCAUGGGUUAUUGCACACCCUUUGUGUUCAAGAAGCUUGUCGCUUUGUACCUCAAGAUUGAUGACCAUGUCCUGUUUGAUCCCAUUGAGAAGCUCGUCCUUAAGGUGAGUGUAACUCCGGCUGAAGUCACACAGCAGCUCAUGAUGACUAAGAAUGCUGAUAUUGCACUCAAAGGUCUCCUCGAAUUAUUGGAAGCGAAGACAAUGAAAGAGGAAGAAGAUACCAUAGAGAUUGAAGAUGGUGAUACUAGGAAGCUGAACCAGAUGAAGAAAGAUAAGUAGAUAUCUAGUGCCAUUGAUUAUGUAUUGAAGACUACUUAGAAGUAACUCAGUAUUUCAGUUCCUUUGAGAAAUAAAAACCAUUUCUUAAGACA